GACUCCAUUGUCAAGCCCUUCAAAGCCACACUAGUCACUUCAGCAAACCAGACCGAAACCACCUCUAUCUGUAUCUCACAGGAGGAAAAUGGCCAAGCAGCAGGUGGAACUAGUGUUCUCUUUUCUUUACAUCGCGAGCUUGAUGUUCCUCCUGGUCACGUGCAUGGUCGGGAACGAGCCGGAACCGGUUGACGACAUCACGUGCGAGGACGCCCUGAAGGCGCUGAUGCCGUGCAAGCCCUACUUGGACAAGUCCGAACCGAAGCCGACCGGGCCGUGCUGUUUGGCCGUGGAGAAGGUGAAGGAGCUGGCAAACAGUACGCAGGUACGGCGAGAUCUGUGCCAGUGCUUCAAGAAGGCCGCGCCGGGUAUGGGAGUCGACCCCCAAAGAGCCAAGGCCCUUCCUGAGAGCUGCCAUAUUCGGGUGCCUGUGCCCAUUGAUCCUCAAACCGAUUGCAGCAAGGUUGAAUUUGGAAGAUAUUACAAUCUUGGGGCAUGAAGAGAUCUUCAAAAAAGAAAGAAACAUUAGAAUAAUCUUGAUAAUGAAGUGUUGGGGUCCAUGCUGUGUAUGAAACAAGAUCAAUGAAAUGAAGUUACGAGAGAAGGGA